GACGAUCCAGAAGUGAUCAAUGUGCAUGAGGAGGGGAGGGUCUCUGCUUCUACCGUCCUCAAGUAUAAGGAGGCGGUGGUUCCUUCUGUCAAGUGGUGCGUCAGAGAAGGGGAGGAGCCGUUCACCCCUGACCAGUGGGAUGACGCUAUCAUGGACUUCAAGAGGUUUGGGGGCUCCGAGGCUGUGGGGAUGGGGGCCCAGACUAAGUCCAAGUUCACCCUGCUCCUCGCGGCGGUGGAGUUCCGCUUUCCGCGCAUGAAGGGGAGGCUGUGUCGAGUUAGGGCGGCCCUCAAGGGCUGGGACUAUGCUCGCCAACCUCGUCAUACCGUCCCCAUGAUCAGCAACGUGUGUGCAUGGAUGUGUAUUCAUUUUUGUGCCAGGGGUGUGCCGCGCCUGGGUUUCGGCAUCGUGAUCCAGGGCAGGCCGAGUGAAAUGCUUGGAGUUGAGGCUGACGACGUCACCCUUCCGGAGGACUGGGGUUAUCCUGGAGGCUCUGGGCCUGUCGUCAUCGGUCUGGGGAUCAGGGCAAUGACGAAGGCCAAGCGCCCGCAGUCUGUGUCAUUCCUGGAGGAGCUGGAGCCGGGCCUCGCAGAGGGCCUCAGGAGUCUUCGUCGUCAUACUCCCAAGGGCCAGCGACUUUUCCCGCACUCCCUGGCCCAGCACCGUACCCUCAUAAAGACCGCGCAGGCCUCGUUCAACCUUGACGUCGGGUGGGGGCCGCACAGCCCCCGCGCCGGGUUUGCUUCGGAGUCGACCGCCCUCGGGAUCCAUUUCGAGACCAUCAGGGAAAUGGGAAGGACGCCCAGCAUCAAGGCCGCGCUCCGCAAGGGCGCGGCCGCGCAGGCCGAGGGCGAGGGCGUGGAGUCAGGCUCGGAGGUGGGCUCGUGGCUGGAGGUGGGCAGCCCGGGAGCCAGCUCGGCGAGGGCGCCCGCCACGCCGACGCAGAACCGUGCGGCGCCGCCGCUGCCGCCAGCCACGCCCAUGGUCAGUGCGAAGAUGCAGGCGGCAGCGGGCAAGCCUCUUGCCAAAUCGCUUAAGGCGGGCAAGGGCGGCCAGCUACAGUGGGUGAUGAAGUGCGCGCCGUCAGGACCUCUUCUGGGCAAGCUCGCGCUGGCCGCCAUGGUGCUGAGCAUCCCCCCCGCCAGCCUCUUCCCCAACGCCGCCAGGGGCCUCAUCGUCAUGACGGACGUGGCGAAGGAGGUAGGACCCGCGGCGGGAAGGAUCGUGACUGCAGGAGCGAAUGUGAGCACGAGCGCAGCGAAGCUCGCGUCGGCAGCGACGGAUGGGUCGAUCGGCCUGGUCGAGGCGGCUUGGCGCGGCGUCGACCUGCUGGACGUCCAGGUGCUGGGCAGCACCGGCAGGUUCUUCGUCGAGGAUGAAGACGACUGGCCCGCCUUCCUCCAGGGGCCGGAGGUCCAGCAGGUGCUGCAGCUCGAGCCGGAGUUUUCUGGUGAACUGGAACGCCUUUUGCUCUUCUCUUCGGCCACUAGGCCGAGAGGCGAAUUCACACACAGUGCUUUCCGUUCUCCUAAGAGUUACCAGUCCGUGAGUUUUUGGGUCCGCUGGCUUCCCAGCGGCCACGUCGGGAUCGCCCGGAGGGUGGUCGCGAUCCGCUUUCGUCCGCAGUGGGCGAACCCAGCGUGGGGGCUGCUCGGCAUGGAUGAGACGGCCGAGGCACCAGCCAUGGCUGAGCAGCUCAAGGUUUUGGCGGAUUCGUCCUUUCCCGCGCCUGAGCUAGAUCUCGGCCCCGAGAUGCUCCGUGGCACUCCCGGCCUCCCUGGAGGUUCUGCUCGCAGGCUCGUCCGACGUGCGCGCCGCGCAGUGGCGCGGGUCCUUCAGUUUCUUUUCCCUUUCAGCAGGCGCGAGCAGCCGCGCCUCCUGGAGACAGACCGCACAGCGAAUACGGGCGACGGGUACUCGUUGAAUGGCACUGGCCUGGUUUCGACUGGAGAGGUGCCGCUCGCGGAUGCGGGUGGUGGUGAGCGCUCUUGA